CCAGUGGCCCGGAUCCGCGGCCCGCCCGCGCCGCUUGGGGCUCGGCAGGAGGAGCCGCUGCGGCUGUGCCCGUCCCUGUUGGCGGUGGGUCUCCCGGGAUGGGCCUCCAGGAGCUGGCGGUGUGGCUGCUGGCGGCAGCGGGGCUUGUGCGCGAGUCCCUGCAAGGAGAGUUCCAAAGGAAGCUUUACAAGGAGCUGCUGAAAAACUACAACCCACUGGAGCGACCAGUUGCAAAUGAUUCCCAGCCACUCACUGUCUAUUUCACUCUCAGCCUCAUGCAGAUCAUGGAUGUGGAUGAAAAAAAUCAAGUAUUAACAACAAAUGUCUGGCUACAAAUGUACUGGACAGAUCAUUAUCUACAGUGGAAUGUGUCUGAAUACCCAGGAGUGAAGAAUGUCCGUUUUUCUGAUGGACUGAUUUGGAAGCCAGAUAUUCUUCUCUAUAACAGUGCUGAUGAAAGAUUUGAUGCUACAUUUCACACUAAUGUUUUAGUCAAUUCUUCGGGACAUUGCCAAUAUCUGCCACCAGGCAUAUUUAAAAGCUCAUGCUACAUAGAUGUGCGCUGGUUUCCAUUUGAUGUUCAGAAGUGUAACCUGAAGUUUGGAUCCUGGACUUAUGGAGGCUGGUCCUUGGACUUACAAAUGCAAGAAGCAGAUAUAUCUGGCUAUAUUUCAAAUGGAGAGUGGGAUUUAGUGGGAGUUCCUGGGAAGAGAACUGAGAGUUUUUAUGAAUGCUGUAAAGAACCAUACCCAGAUGUAACAUUCACAGUAACUAUGAGACGUAGGACUCUCUAUUAUGGACUCAAUCUUCUUAUUCCUUGUGUACUGAUAUCAGCACUUGCUUUGUUAGUUUUUCUGCUUCCAGCAGACUCAGGAGAAAAGAUCUCACUAGGUAUAACAGUUUUAUUGUCUCUGACUGUCUUCAUGUUACUUGUGGCUGAAAUUAUGCCAGCAACAUCUGAUUCUGUGCCCUUAAUUGCUCAGUAUUUUGCCAGCACUAUGAUUAUUGUUGGUCUUUCUGUUAUUGUCACUGUUGUUGUUCUACAAUACCAUCAUCAUGAUCCAGAUGGGGGGAAAAUGCCUAAAUGGACAAGAAUCAUCCUUCUCAAUUGGUGUGCUUGGUUUCUGAGGAUGAAAAGACCAGGGGAAGAUAAAGUGCGUCCUGCCUGUCAACAUAACCAGCGUCGAGGUAGCCUAUCAAGUGUGGAGAUGAACACUCUGAGUGCCCAGCAAUCCAGUAAUGGGAAUAUGCUAUACAUCGGUUUCAGGGGGCUGGAAGGGGUUCACUGCACACCUACCACUGAUUCAGGAGUGAUCUGUGGGCGGAUGACCUGCUCACCAACAGAUGAAGAAAACCUGCUGCACAGUGGCCACCCCUCUGAAGGUGACCCAGAUUUGGCUAAGAUCUUGGAAGAGGUCAGGUACAUUGCAAACCGAUUCAGAGACCAGGAUGAAGAGGAAGCCAUUUGUAGUGAAUGGAAGUUUGCAGCCUCUGUAGUGGAUCGGCUCUGCUUGAUGGCUUUUUCAGUCUUCACAAUCAUUUGUACAAUUGGUAUUUUAAUGUCAGCACCAAACUUUGUAGAGGCUGUGUCUAAAGAUUUUGCUUAACUCCUAAUUACAAUCUGAUUCUCUGAAGUAUGAUAUGUAGCAAAUAAGAGUUGGGUUUUCUGUUUGCUUGCUUGUUUUUAAUGAGUAUACUGCUUCUCAUUCUGUGCUUUCUUUUGCCCCCCCCUCUGGUUCUGAGUUCAUUUUAGAAGAGUGGCACCAUUUCAGAAGGAAAGCCAAGGAUUUCUCCCUGUGCUGCCUUUGCACAGCUCCUCUGACAACUCUUCUGUGGGACCGAUGCAGUAUUUGGAAGUCCCUUCAGAAUGACAGGGUAUUUGCACUACCAUCUUUUACAUAUUUUUGAACUGGCUAUCACAAAAUAGCAGGUAGGCAAUGCCAGAAAUGUCACUUCUUCCAAACCUGGUUAUAAAAGACAGAAGGUGGUCCUACUUGAAUGAGCAAGCGUAAACACUUCUGUUUAGGAGAGGAUUAAAUCCAAAUGUAAGCUCAAACUGCAGAGAGAAAGCGAGAAAUAGUUUGCUUUUCAGCUACUGCUUCUGACUGAGUUGAGGUAUGUAGCUCUCCAGCUCACUUAUAACCAGUCAGAACCUUAACUCCCUCCAUGCAUUUUACAGACAUACCAGAAAACUGUGAGCUAAAAUUAUACACCACAUAACUUGUCCUUCUGUAUCUUUCUAGAUUUGACCUAUGUAUUUGGCCUGAAUUCUUAAGCAGGCUUCACAGUCAUUUUUGCAGUGUUUACUACUUCUUCCUUCUCCCCAAAAAGACAUUCUUUCAACUGAUGACCUUUUUAACCAUUAAAAAGAAAGGAAGGAUGCCUUUAUUCUCACUUGUUAAAAAAAAACAACCCAAAGCAACAAAUCAACCAACCAAAACAAAAACAAAACAACCCCAAACUCACAGAAAACCCUCAGGAAAAAAUAACCCAAACCACACACUUGUCUCUCUACUAUUAAUCAUAUUUCAGUGUGGAAAAGUGACACUCAAGUGUCUUGUACAGGCAAAAGCAUAAAUGAAGAAUCUAAAGCAAAAAAAAAAAAGCCGUUAAAUCCUGAAACUGAGGUUUUAAUUUAAAAAGUUAAGAGUUUGAUCUGUUGUAUGCUUAACCUUUCAUAGACUUCCUUCUGUUGAGUCACCAUAAUGUGUUUUUACAAGAAAAUUGCACCUUUUCUGCUCAGUUUAUCCUCCAAACAGCACUAAUGAAUAAUAAGGCUUUCUUGGGUCUGAUAUAAACUAUGAACUGUAUAUACAUAUACAGACACUGCAGAUACAUCAAAGGAGAGGUUAAGACUUAAAUACAAAUUCUCUUAAUCUAGACAAACGUUUGCAAAGGUAAAACUAAUAGUUCAUCACUUUAUGUUAUUUCUGAUUCUGAAAUUCUCCCAUCAAAAUAUGCUUAGUUUUCACAUGAUGGCUUAAUGAAAAUGGCAGAGCUGAGAAUACCAGGGCCUGAAUCUUCAUGUGUACAGAAGAGCUGAGAACUGGUCUCUUGCUGGUGCACCAGUAUUCCUGACCAGUGAUAUAAGUGGUAAAAGAUGUGGGGGAGGAUUGCUUUAGCAUUGACUGCUUGCUUUAUCCUACAGAACCCCAACUCUUUGGCUGAGGUCUUCAGAGAUGCAAAUGGAGGCCUGUUGUUGUACCAUGUUUUUACUGUGAAAUAAACUCAAGUCCUCAGUUUAUCUCAUAUGCUGAAUUAAAAUAGUGAUUGGAAUGCUUAUUCUCCCUAGGAAACAAUUCUUUCUCAGAGUCUGCUACCCUGAGAGCAGAAAAAUCAAAUUUCAUGUAAACCAAGCUCAAAGUCACCACAGGUACAGUCCAUCAUGGAAGUGAACACCUCACUGAAGUACCUUCAUGCUAGACAAAAGGGAAGAUGAGUGAAAGGAAGGCAGGACAUUUCUCACAGAACCUUGUCUUCCUAAGGUUCAUUCAGAAUGUCACACAGCAAAGACAUGAGCAAAGCAUUCAAAUCCUUCUUAAAAUUUCAUCUUGAAAUCAUGUCUUAGAGUUAUCUGUGAGGAAGUUAAAUUUUCAGGAACAAUUACUAAGAAUUAGCCACAAAGUAAUUCCUGCAAAUAGUUUCUACUUUGUAGAUUGCACAUGAACAGGAGAAUAGGAGUCCAAAACCUGAAACAUGAGUUUUGUUCAGCUGUGGGUAACUACACACAUCAUGUGGCAUGUGCUUUUGUUCUGAGUAAUGUUUCUAGGCUAGGCUUCCUGAUGCAAAUGUUGAUUUACAUUGGUAUUUUUUCUUUCUGCAAGUAUCCCUAAGGAGCUACACAAAACGUUCCAUUUAGUCUUCGUAAAUUUUCAGGGUCCUCUUGGAAAAGAAUUUUUCAAGGUGAAAUGAAGACAUCUGGGGGCUACCUUGUACAACAGGACACAGCUACUGCAAUCAUAAUACCAUGACACGUGUAAUAUAGGAGGCAUGAGAGUAUCCCUCUUUCCACCAGAAUCUAUUUACAGCAUCUGUAGAAAGCAUCUUGCUAAAUACUGGAGGUUUUUACAGAAGGAUGGAGAAAACAAUUUGCAAUUUGUCAGUAAACUUAAUUAUCAAUGACAGACAUGCCUACGCUUAAAAAAAACCGGACUGUUUAGUGAAGUCCUGCCAAGUCUGUAACAGUGAGUUUGUAAUACUGUCAGUGAAUACCAGGUAUUAGACAAAGUAGCUGUUAGACACCAGUGCCAUGCCUACACUGCUGCCAUUAUGGUUGGCAGGAUUAAUGAAAAUACACCAAGGGACAGGAGAAUCCUUAUCAGCCUACUGUUAACAUGACCUGUAAACAUUUGGUGAUAAGAUUAUUAUAAAUUUUAAAUACAACAGUGACAACUUCUCAGUUAUGUUAUUUUGCAUCUAUGAGUUAAUUUUUUCUGUGACUGAGCUGAGCAAAAUUGGUAUGUUUCUUGUCAAAUGUGUGUGUCUUAAAUAUAUUUGUGUAUGUGCUAAAGAGUAUUUUGAUCUAAAUAUUAGGAAAAAAAACAUUUAUUUACAAUUCUGGGCAUAGAAAUGGAAAUUAAAACACUGUGUACAGUAUGUGUAUGUAAUAUUAAAGAUAACAUAUUGAUGGUAAGGAUGUUAUAAUCUUUAGAGUGCAGAGAGAGGAUAAGCAAGUGGUUCACUGCAAUUAAGCUAUGACUUGUCUGACCAUUUCAAAAGCUCACUCUGGAGCUCACCUGUCAUGUACAAUACUAUGUGUGAACAAUGUAUAUUACUUUUUCUGAUUUUUUUUUAAAUAUUGAAUUGUAUUGAAUAUUUAAAAGACUUUUUACUAUUUUAAAAUUUUUAUUUAAGUGUUAAUGCCAAAAAAGUUCCAAAUGUAAAAUUUUAAACAGUUAGUUUUAAAUACAGGUAAAUUAUUUAAACAGUAUUAAAAAAGUUAAUUAUUUUAUACAGGAAUAGAUAAUACUAUGUAAGACUCUUUUUAAAAGUUUCUUUAAAUUCUCCCUAUAUUCUCUUUAGCUGCAGGAUGUAAUUAACAGGUUACAAUUACAAUUUGAUUAUGAUUUAGCUUUCCACCUUCUUUAACUAGAAAAGAAGGGAAACCAAAGCCCCAGAUUUUGUUUCCUUUCGUUAUACUAUUUUUUACAGUAAGAAACAUGGCAUAAAGGGCAUUAGGAAGAGAUGUUACAUCUGUCAGGUACUGAUCGCCAUAUAACAAACUCAGUACCUUCGCAGUCCAGUAUGAAUAAAAGAUUUAGAUCAAGAAA